AGAGAGAUCAUCGAAAAAAAGAAGAGAAAAGAAAACCCAACAACAUUACAAGAAGGUUUAUGGCAAAGAUGUCAUCAAACCCUCUUGUUGUGGGGAGAGUUAUUGGAGAUGUGACCGACUCUUUCUCUGCAAGUGUCGAGAUGACAGUCACUUACAACUCAAACAAGCAGGUCUUCAAUGGCCAUGAGCUCUUCCCUUCUUGGGUCACCACCAAGCCCAAGGUUGAGGUUCAUGGUGGUGAUAUGAGGUCCUUUUUCACUCUGGUGAUGACAGACCCUGAUGUUCCUGGUCCUAGCGAUCCGUAUCUGAGAGAGCACUUGCACUGGAUCGUGACAGACAUCCCCGGCACUACAGAUGCUGCAUUUGGGAAGGAAGUGGUGGGCUAUGAAAUGCCGAGGCCAAACAUAGGGAUCCACAGGUUUGUGUUCCUUCUCUUCAAGCAGAAGCGCAGGGAAAUGGUGAGGCCUCCUUCCUCGAGAGACCGCUUCAACACCCGGAAGUUCGCCGACGAGAACGAGCUCGGCCUUCCAGUCGCUGCCGUGUUCUUCAACGCCCAGAGGGAAACGGCCGCGAGGAGGCGCUGAAACAUAUCGCAACCGCGAUGCACCAAUGAUGAACCAGCUCUGGCCACAGUUGUAAGGGCAUUAGAUAAACGCAAGGCUUGAUAUAUAGACGUUGUAACACUCAGAAACGAAAAGAAUAAUCGAACUAGGCUAGAAAGAGGUCAUGGGUGUCGUCUCUUUCUUAAAUGCAGUGCACUAAGCUAGCUGAUGCUUGGCAUAACUCUCCCCGUAUGAUGAUAUGAUGUUGCUGUUACUUUUGCAGUUGUGUAAUUAAAGUAAAUCUUGUAAUUUCAGCAGUGUUUUUA